AUGGUCCGGGGAAGUGACCAGGACUCAGACCUGGAGGUCGGCUCCAACGUGAGCGCCUCCACUUCCACGUUUCAUUUGGAGGACUCCAUCUUCGAAAGCAUAGGCAAGCAGUUCUUAUAUUCACAUACGAUGCCCGCCAACAAAAAUGACUCUACACAGCCUGAUCACCAACCUGAAACCGUCUACAAUAUGGACAGGGAAAAGAUACCCAAGUGGCCGGACCAGUCCAGCUCAACGCUCGACAAGCCAAAGGAGUCACCAGAUACGGCCGCUGCCACCUGGCGUGACCUUUUCAACUUCUUUACCCCACGGCACUUGGUCGUGCUGGUAACAGCUCUGUUCUCCUCGGCCGUUGCCGUAGGGGCGGACAUUGCGGGUGUCAUCAUCUUUGGAAACGUAUUUCAAGAGCUUACGAGCUAUGCGGCAAAGCAGCUCGGCCCCGAGGAGACACGACAGAAGGUCAAUUUUUGGGUUAGCAUCAUUGCCGUGCUGGCCGUCACACAUCUGAUCGCGGCAGCUACGCAGAUGCGAUCUUGGAUCAAGUAUGGCGAACUGCAAGCCCGUAGCGCCAGACUGGGGCUCUUUCGGCGCAUGUUGUCGAAACAGAUGGGCUGGUUUGACUCGAACCGAGACGGUAUGCCAGCGAUGCUGACGGCGUUCCAGCGCAACAUCCGCGAGCUUCAAAUAGCCACCAGCCAGACGCUGGGCUUCAUCGGCCAUGACUUUAUGCUUUCCAUCGCCGGCAUGGUCGUGGCCUUCAAGUACGGCCCGCUGAUGACGCUCGUCAUUACCGCCUCAGUCCCCAUUGCCAUGUUCAUCAUGCGAGCCCUCAGCCAAAUGCUCGAAAAAGCGAUCCGGACGCAGAAGGAGAAGCAGGCAGUGGCCACUAAGCUAUCGGCCGCAGCCAUCACGGGCAUCGACCUGGUCAAAAUUUACAACUCCCACGAGCACGAGCUGCACAACUUCCGGCUGGCCGCUAGGGAGGCGGGCAAGCACGCACGCGUCCAGACAAUGUGGAAUGCCCUACAAGCUGCCUUUAUCAAGGUCUACAUGGCAGUCGUCUUUCUGUCCGGGUUCUUCUUCGGUAUAUACCAGGUACAUCAGGGCAAUAUGAGUGCCGGGGACGUCCUCACCACCUUUUACGCCGCCCUCAGCACUUUUCAGGGAGUACAAGGCCUGGGACCGCACAUAUUGAGCAUCACCAAGGGUAUACAAGCCGGCAAAGCCCUUAAAUCGGUUGUCUCUGAGCGCGUUGUGGAGAUGGGUGGCGGUAGAAAACCUAGAGUGUUUGAAGGGAGGAUCGAAGUCAAGAGUCUCAGCUUUGCCUACCCCUCUAACCCGAUGGUACAGGUCUUGAAGCCAGUCUCAAUGACCUUUAAGCCCGGAAAAAUGACAUUUCUCGUUGGGCGGAGUGGCUCUGGUAAAAGUACCGUCACGAAUCUGUUGGUCAAAUUCUAUGAGCCCCUGAGCGGCGAAAUACUCCUGGAUGAGCAUCCCCUUCAGACCCUCGACUCCGAGUGGGUCCGAAAGAACGUCACCCUCGUGCAGCAGCAGAGCACACUCUUUAGCGAAACUCUGUACGAAAACAUUGCCAUGAACUCGGACGACGUCAGCCGCGACAAGGUCAAAGCAGCCUGCGAGAUGGCGCUGCUCCAGUCAAUCAUUGCGGGUCUUCCCCAGGGACUAGAUACCCUCGUCGGCCCCGGUGGACAGAGCCUCAGCGGAGGGCAGAGGCAGAGGGUGGCUCUGGCCCGUGCACGUCUUCGUGAUACCCCCGUAUUGAUACUAGAUGAGGUUACUAGUGGCAUGGAUCCCAAGUCGAAGCUGAUGAUCAUGGACGCAAUCCGAUACUGGCGCAGCGGCAGGACAACAAUAAUCAUCACCCACGACGUGUCACAGGUUGGCGAAGAGGAUUACGUCUAUGUCAUGGACAAGGCCGAGGUUCGCGAGGAAGGACUCUGCAAACAACUCCUGAGCAGUCGAGACGGCUACUUUCUGCAGCUACGGGCCCUGGCCGAGUCAGGGACCGAGUAUGGCAGCCCCGACGGGGUCAUGACCCCAAACGAUGACUUAUCAAGUAGUUCAUCCGAGGACGAACUCGAUGCGGAUAUGAGCGGCAGGUCGUUCUACAUCCCUGAGCCAAAGACUGCUUCUUCUUCUUCUUCUUUUGGUGCCUUGGGCAGGAUGUCUUUUGUUCCGAUUCCGGGCACGAAUGGUGCUAUGUACCCGAUACACAACCAGCCCGCCUCCGAGGCCUAUUCACAGCAAUCUCGAAGCCCGCGUCACAGACACCGUGACCAGGGUCGGUCGAAUCGUUGGCAAGACGCCGAGGCAGCCAGGCCGCGACAAGGAAGCAUCGACUUCAUCCAGGCGCGUGGCCUUUCGGCCCUUGCAAACAGGUCACCUGUGAAGCGCUCCUUGCAGCAAAGUGGCACUGCUGGUGUUCUGAGGCGGUUGUCGAUGAGGCCAUCUGCUACAGAAGAUGUGGAGAUGUCCGCUGUCAGGAACCAGAAAAGAGGAACGAAGGGUGUGAUAAGGGAAAGAAUGAAAGAAGCAAUAGGAGAAGAGAUUAGGGUUGGGAACAGACGAGUUAAAAAAACAGGAGCGAGAAAAACUACAAAUGAAGAGACGAAAGAUGAUUCGAGUAGCACGACACAACAAAUGUCGGCACAUCAGAUAUUAAAGACUGUUUGGCCAGCACUCGACACACGACACCGCUUCUACGCCAUCGGGGCACUGUUCUGGUGCAUAGUAGCUGCCGCAUGCAGCCCCGUCUUUGCCUUUGUCUUCUCGAACCUCCUGCAGGCGUUCUGGGCGCAGGGAAGCAAGCUGGAGGCCGGGACCAAGUGGGCAAUUGUUCUCGGUUGCGUCGGCCUCCUCGACUUCACUGCCGUCUUCUUCACCUUCUCCCUUGCCGGGGCCGUCGCGCAGGAGUGGGUCGACACGCUCAAGGUCGAUGCCUUCUUCAGCAUCCUCCAUCAGCCGCGGACGUGGCACGACCAAAGCAAAAACUCGGUCGCUCGCGUCUGUGACGUUCUGGACCGCGGGGCCGACGAGAUGCGGACGAUUGUGGCCCAGUUCACACCCAUUGUCCUUACCGUCGUUAUCAUGAUCAGCGCGGCCAUCACCUGGGCCAUGGUGAUCCUGUGGCAGCUGACUUUGGUUGCGGUAGCCGUCUUCCCCCUGGUUGGUCUUUGCAUCUUUUUCUCCACCCGGACUAGCGAGAAGUGGGAGGCUCUGUCCAACGAAUCGGCCGAGGCGACGGGAGCCAUUCUGUCCUCUGUGGUAUCCGAUAUCCGAGUCGUCCGCGCUUUUCUCCUGGAAAAGUUUUUUACCGAUCGUUUCGAAGCUGCCGCCGAGCGCGCAUUCAUGCUGGGCAAAAAACGUGGGCUGUAUACCGGGAUCUGGGCUGGCAUUCACUGCUCCAUCUCCCAGUGGUUCGUCGUCGUCAUCUUCACCUUUGGAGUGUUACUGCUCACCACGGUGGAGAGCGUCAACGUCGGCGACAUCAUACAGGUCGUCAACUUGUUGCUGUUCACCGUCGGCAGCGCCACCAUGAUGAUGUCGAGCAUCCCCCAGAUUGCAGCCGCACAGGCAAAGGCAGCUCAGAUGCUGCGCUUGGCACAGAUGCCGCGCGGGCAUCCGGAGCAGCAGGAGCUGGGCAAGAAGAGAGUCCUCACGCCGUUUCCCAUCGUCUUCAACAAGCUGCGCUUUGCGUACCCCGGGAGAGACCAGCUGGUUCUGCGAAACGUCAGCCUCUCCAUCCCCGGUGAGGGUUGUACGGCAAUAGUAGGUAGUUCGGGCUGUGGCAAGAGUACCAUCGCCGCCUUGAUCUUGGGGCUUUACGAGCCGCUUUACGACGACGACGAGGGUCCAAUCAGCGCGGCUGCUCCCAGGGCGUUCCGAAAAAGCAACUUCGAGGCAGUCUCUCCGGUGGCAUCAUAUCCUCUUCCGUCAUUGAUAUGCUCUCCUUCUCAGGACACCACGAGGGGCGGUUCCCAUCUCAGGGGCAGCGAGCUUGGUGCACUCACAUAUGCGGGCUUCGAUGCCCGUGAGAUCUCGAUCAAGGCCUUACGCAGCACGACGGCAUACGUACCACAGCAGCCAUUCAUAUUCCCCGGCACGAUCCGAGCCAACAUCGCAUACGGUAUUCCAGAGGACGAGAAAGUCCUGCGAGGACAGCACAACGUCGAGCUGGCAGCCCGCGAGGCAGACAUACACGAGUUCGUCAUCUCGCUGCCUCAGAGGUACGAGACCCUUGUAGGUGACGGCGGGGUGGCGCUAUCCGGAGGCCAGGCGCAGAGGCUGUGCAUCGCAAGAGCCCUUGCCAGGCGGCCAAAACUCUUGGUCCUCGACGAACCCACCAGCGCGCUCGACGCCGAGAGCGGCCAGUCGGUCAUGCACACCUUGAGGACCCUGGUCUGCCGCCAGGACGGCGACCCGAACGGCCCCGCUGCGUCCCCCUUGCUCAGAAGAGGGGGCGGUAGUCUCAGCCCCUACAUCCCGCAGCACCCGGACCCGUACAACUGGGAGGGCAACUUCUUCCGCAGGAGCGAGGGCAGACCCUUCAGCUACGUCCACGGAGCUGCCGCCAGCGCACGGCACCGGCCGCCGGCAGUGGUGGUCAUCACGCACUCGCGCGAGAUGAUGAUGAUGGCGGACCGGCUCGUCGUCAUCGACAACGGCUGCGUGGCCGAGACGGGUACUUACGAGUACCUCAUGGCCGCGGGCGACAGUCGGCUCGCGGAGUUGCUCGACGGGGUCUACCGUGCGCCGGGGGUCGAGAGCGGCAUCCCGAGGGAAACGACGACGAGCUCGGAGCCGAUUCCGGCCUCGCCCAGGACGCUGACGAGGGUGGUUUCGCCUUCGCCGGAGCAGUAUCGUCGGAACAACCGCUCGAGCCCCGGGGGUUUGCCGCAGAGGCAGAAGAGGUCGGGGCAGGAAUAUGGAAGACAUAUUUCUGCCGCAGGGGGAGGGAUUGGCAGGGAGGUGAUAAAA